AGCUCGAAUACACAAGCAGUUCAUUCAGUGUGAUGAUAUAUUAAUAUCAAUAGCCUUCUUUUUGGGACAGUAGCAAAACAGUUCAUGUGUGUUACUUAUGUAACAAUGUUUUGCCGUUCAGUCACUAAAAGCUUUCAUGGUUGGUUCUUUAGUGAGAUUCAAUAAACAGGUAUGGUGUGAUUUGUCCAUUAUGUCACAGAAAGAUGCUCACAUUGUUCUCCUCUCCUGACAUUCUCUACAGGGAUUGGAUUAAAGCGCAAGGCUCCCACCCAGCUCCCUGUCUAUGACUCACUAAAAUGCAGCUUUGCCAGUGAUCAAGCUGCGAGGGGCCUUGAUCACACACUGGGACUCCAGGCCUGCCCUUCUGCUCUGACCCUGCAGCUGGAGGCGCCGCCAGGAGCAUGAGUGUGGGAAGGAUCAAUCGCUACAGCAUUGUGUCAUCUGAAGAAGAGGGCCUCCGCCUCACUACCAUGCAUGGCAUGAACGGCUUUGGCAAUGGCAAGAUCCACACACGCCGCAAGUGCCGCAACCGCUUCGUCAAAAAGAAUGGCCAGUGCAACGUGCAGUUUGCCAAUAUGGACGACAAGUCGCAGCGUUACAUGGCUGACAUAUUCACCACAUGUGUUGAUAUCCGUUGGCGAUGGAUGCUGGUAGUCUUCACUCUUGUGUUUGUUGUCUCCUGGCUGGCCUUUGGCUUAGCCUUCUGGGUCAUCGCUUUGCUGCAUGGGGAUCUGGAUAACCCAGCCGGAGAUGACAACUUCACUCCGUGCGUCCUACAGGUUAAUGGAUUUGUGGCCGCCUUUCUAUUCUCCAUUGAAACACAGUCUACCAUAGGUUAUGGCUACCGUUGUGUGACUGAGGAGUGCCCUGUGGCUGUCUUCAUGGUGGUCUUCCAGUCUAUAGUGGGCUGCAUCAUUGACUGCUUCAUGAUUGGCGCCAUCAUGGCCAAGAUGGCAAGGCCUAAGAAGCGAGCACAAACACUGUUGUUUAGCCACAAUGCUGUCAUUGCCAUGCGGGAUGGAAAGCUGUGCCUCAUGUGGAGGGUAGGAAACCUUCGCAAGAGCCACAUUGUAGAGGCCCAUGUCAGGGCACAGCUCAUCAAACCUCGGAUCACUGAUGAGGGGGAGUAUAUUCCCCUAGACCAGAUAGACAUUAAUGUGGGUUUUGACAAAGGCCUGGACCGGAUUUUCUUGGUUUCACCCAUUACUAUUCUCCAUGAGAUAGAUGAGGAGAGCCCCCUUUUUGGGAUCAGCAAACAGGACCUGGAGACAGCAGAUUUUGAAAUUGUCGUCAUCUUGGAGGGGAUGGUUGAAGCAACCGCCAUGACUACACAGGCUCGCAGCUCCUACUUAGCCUCUGAGGUCCUUUGGGGUCACCGGUUCGAGCCAGUCUUGUUUGAGGAGAAGAACCUGUACAAGGUGGAUUACUCUCACUUUCACAAAACCUACGAGGUGCCGUCCACCCCCCGCUGCAGUGCCAAGGACAUGGUGGAGAACAAGUUUCUAGUCCCCAGCUCUAACUCCUUCUGCUAUGAAAAUGAGCUGGCUUUCCUAAACCGCGAUGAUGAGGAGGAGGAUGUAGGUGGUGGGAGCAGGGCACUGGCAAACCUCAGUCCAGACCGGAACAGCCGACAUGAGUUUGAACGCUUACAGGCCAUCAGGACACUGGAUCAAAGGUCAUAUCGUAGAGAGUCGGAAAUAUGACCUCUACCCACUGACCCAGGGUCAACUUUCAAUAACUUUAUUCAAGGGUAAAAAUGCAGAACAAUGCAAAGUGCCAUAGGAAGAGCUGACUACUGUGAUAGAUUGGAAAUAGUAAAAGGGACUUAACUGGAAGGAAUGGGGAAAAGCAGGAGAGCACAGCUUAGGCAAUUGUGGUAAGGAAUGUCUACAAUCAAGGAAAAGGCUAGAGAAAGACCUUCUUCCUUCAUGGAAACUUGAAUCUUUUUUCAUAUGGUCAUUUUGAGUUAAGAGUGUUCAAAGACAGUGCAUCAAAAUGCUUAUGGCAAAACCUUAUAAUCAAAUCUUAGGUGUAAAUACAUUGCUUAGGUAAGUUAUGUUUUGUGUGCAGUAUCAGUUUCCAAAACCACCUCUAAAAGAAUAGAAUGUGCUAUUUCAACUUGUUCUUGGGCACAAAUAAUAGCGUUACAAGGCUUCUCUUAAGCUCUCCUUGCAUUGCUGUAAUUUGCUGGACCUGAGUUCAGUGACACAUUGAAAAUUCGUGUACUGCAGCAUUCAGAUGCAAUGAGCCAUGAUAAAACAUCUGACCAUGAGCCACUGAAAACAACAUUAUUCAACACCUUCAUUUUAGUUUUGGUGUGAUCACAAAAUCUACCAACAUAGGAAGAGUAGGCAAAAUUAAUUGCACUAUGAAGAAAAUGAAGGAAUAUGCUGAACUGGAGAAACUUUUGUAUUUAUAACUCUCUUAAUGCCUCAUAUGUUAAACAACACCCUCAAGGCAAACAGCUUACAAACCACCAACAUCAUGAUUUGUCUUCAUUGGCCUAUACAUCAUGUCAUGUCAUGUACAAAUUUGCUAAGUAGUCAGGUUCAACAAAACUAAAGCACAAAUAGGAUAGAGAACGGAUUUAAAGUAAAGCAUUUUGUAAUUUCACAUUCACAAAAAUGUAUUUCUUGCAAGAUACAGGUUGCAAUAUCCAGGUAUGUACUGAUCAAAUUUAUAAACAAAUAGCAGCAAUUUGUAACCCCACAAAAUAUGCACCUUAAAAUCUACCUUUAUUUUCAUUAUUUGAAAAUAUACCUAAUAAACUAAGUUGAACAAAAACAGUUUUUCUUCCAUUCCAUACGGAAAUUAACAUCAACAAACUGACAUAAAGUUGAUCACACUAAUGUGUUUUUGUUCUCUUUAAAAAUGAAUCUAUGCAUAUUGUUAAUAGUAUCAGGGGACAGGAAUUCUAUUGAGAUCUGUGUGAGAUUAAAUAAUGUAAUAACAUUGCUUUAAUCAAAACAUAAUGCUUAGAAAAACAGCCAGGAAUUAAAAAAAAGAACAAAUUCAAUAUCUAAGAGUAACUGUUGUGUUCAUCAAAUAUAUUUGACAAGAGUUUAAUUAAAUCGAUAGUGUAAAUUUGAUAUCUUUCAAACUUUUAAAAUGUACACAAGAAGUGUCCUGAUGUAUUUCUUUGGCCAGAGGGUAGUCCAUUGUCAAACUAAAAUUGAAAUGUAAGGUUUCAGCAUCACCAAAGUUGAGCCAUUCCUAAUUCUACAUCAACAACAAUCAUUAUAAGAGCAAAUGUGUCUACAACACUUUGCGUUAUGCUAAUAAGGUUUGAAUAGUCCAAACAUAUUUGCCAGCCCUAUAUUUGUAUUCAUUUUACAUCAACAGUGGGUAAAUUUAACUGCUCUUUAUAAUGUUACUAACGGAGUCAAACCUAGGGGUUAUAGGGUUGGGUUGGGUUAUAGACAAAAUAUUAUCUAACUAUUACAUGACAAAUGUAUCCUUUAAUGAGUAAAAUUAAUGUGUGCAAUACUAAGUUUGGCUAAAAACCUGUUAUCACUGUCACUGCUGUCCAAAUACAUAUACAUACAUGAGCAACAGUAAAACUGAGAGAAAAAAAAAGCUUCCUCCUAUUUCCUCCUCAUGUUGUUUCCUCUGGCAUUUACAAUCAUCACAUACUGUAGACAGCUAAAUGCAUUUUAGCAAUAUGCUAAUAGGAUGAGAUAAGACACUGGACCACGGUCUGGAUGGAAGCAAUAAACACUGAAGCACACCUUUCUGAAUUAAUUGUAAUAAGCAUAUUCUUAAUGGUUCUGUUGUAAUACACUGAACAUGCAUAUUUAUGAUUCUUGAUUCACACAUAUUAAUUGAAAGAAACGGUGUGAGGAGAAUGACCCUAUUUUUUUUUGUUGUUGUUUUUAUUGUACUUGUAUGCGUAUGAUUUCUUUGUGCAUGUUUGAUACCAAAGUAAUGGAGUGUGGUUCAGACUAUGUUUUUAAGCAGUUGUUCCCAAGAAGAUAAUCUUCCAAAAAAGGAUAGACUGAUCUUGAAAAAUGGGUAGUCAUAUUCUGAAAGGGUGCUUGAUUCUCUAGUUUGCAAUUGGUCUCUUUAUAGAUCUAAGUUAAUCCUUAAAAUAUGCCAUUAAUUAAAGCAAAUGUCCAAUCAGUCAGAAGUUAAAACCAAAUCAACUAAGAUAUAUAGUUGUAGUUAUAGGUUAAAAAUCAUAUGCCAUCACUAUAUACAGUAGUUUAAGUGACAAAAUUAUGAUGCAUGACAAAACUUUUCUCUUUGGCAUGGACAAUAGCAUUUGAAAAUGAUCCCUUAUUCUAGAUGCCUAGUCAGAAUUUAUCAUUCAAACCUCAACAUGUUUAUGUUGUGUCACAAGAUACUGUUUAUCAAAUCUAGUUUAUCUAUUACCUCACUAAAAUGUGGAUGUCAUGUCCCUGUUAAACACUUUUAGUUAACUUCCUUUCACAUAUAAAAGAUUACAUAUGUGUAAAGAAGGAAACCUUUAGGAUAUGGUGAAAAACUAUGACAUGAAAACAAAGAAAAGAACCAUAAAAUGGUCGUUAUGUUGGUCAAAAUGACUGAUAUUUUCCUAGUAGUCAUUUAACUCCAGGGGUAUGCUUGGCUCCAUGAUAUUUCUUGGUUAUAUAUUGAUUAUUUUUUAGAAAUUUUUAGGAUGUAGUAAAAUAUAAAGACCAUUUUUCAGCUAAUAAGUGAAGCCUUCUUUACCCGACCCUAAACAUUUAUAUGCUCAUUGCCUUCUGGGAAGGUUUGAUACGCUGAUGUGUCCCUGCACCUACUCACAAAAUAUCUGUGGUAAAAAAAAAAAGGUGACGCAUCAACAGCUUCUAUGCUGAAUCACUGAAAUGCAUAGUUCAAUCAUUUCUGAUGAAUUUUCUUUUUUUCAGAGAUUGUUUCAGCUUUGAUGUUGCCCACCUGAGCCCUUAAAAAUAAAAACACACACACAAAAGUUUUAGCUAAUCAUACAAAAAGUUUAUAGUGUAAAAAGCAUAGUAACAUUAUAAAAAUUGUAAUAGGAAGCAGCCAGGCUGAACAAACCUGCUUAUUUUUAUACAAAGUUCUUUUUGAUAGAAUACAGCAACCAAUAUUUAUCUGUUUUUAUCAGAAUACUACAAUGAAAUCACUAUUGUGAGACAGAAAUAUAAUUCUUGUCUCAGUUUUCAAUGAUUUAAUUUCUGUUGUUUCAUUUCAGCACAGAAGCUCGUGAUUUAACAGGUAUUUCUCUUAAAGGGAUGAUUGGAAAAACUUUUGACCUCUGUAGAAGUCUUCCUAUGUCCAGCAAAAUGUCUACUGGGCUUUUGAUUUUAAUUCAAAGUCAUUUAAAUUAUUCAAUUAAAAAACUAACUGUGAAAAAAAAAUGUUUUUAUCUCUUUUGUUGAAAAUGCUCCACCAGUCUGGGCCAUAUUGAAACGUAAAAUCCGAUACAAACCCCGGACAUCCUCAGGGUUGACUAAUCAAUGGAUGAAGUGGUCGCUGAGGUAAUACAUCACCAUGAGGGGUGGUUUAAGAUGAGAGAUCAAGAUUCAUGUCACUACAGUCAGAUGACUCUCUGGUCUUGGGGCCAAUUAUUCAAGAAGGCUCAUCAAUUAAUCACUGUCUGUGACACACAAACAACCAGCGGGGCCACGGGCCUUUUGGCCCCGCUGAACUGGGCAAGUGGCCUGCAGCUGAUUUUCUCUGAUCAAUGGGGCAACAACACGUGAGAAAUCAUUAAUACUCUAUAACCUCAGAACUGAGAGAACAUUAUUAUUUCUAAGCAUUACACUACACAAUUGCAUAGAAACUGUACAUUUGGUUUUUCUUGAGAGUUUAAGGUCUUACACUGCUCAGUAGAGCCCAACCAGAGCUGGAUAUUUUAGGAUGAUAUGGAUAAUGUCAUUUGAGAGUUUAAAAAUCUGGUAACGUUAUAUCUGCUAAUAUUCCCUUUUUAAAUAUACACCAUAAAUAUACAGCAUUUUGAUAAGAAUCUCUUGUCAGUGCUCUCUGGUUAAUUAUUGUCCAAAUCAUACACCAAUAUCAAUCUGUGAUAAGUAGCUGUGGCUCAGGAGGUAGCGCGGGUUGUCCACUAAUCGGAAGAUUGGCGGUUCGAUUCCCAGCUUCUCCAGUCUGCGUGUCGAAGUGUCCUUGGGAAAGAUACUGAACCUCAAAUUGCGCCAGAUGGCUGUGCCAUCAGUGUGUGAAUGAUUAGGUUCCCUCUGAUGGGCAGGUUGGGACCUUGCA